GUGUAGCGCCUCUAGUAGAUGAGGCCAGGCGGUAGACCAAAGGCGCUCGCUUCGGGAUGCCUUGCCAUGGAGCCCGCCUCAUCUCGCUUAGCGCCUGCAAUAGUAGGAGUUGCGCCUCAUACACCAAAGGCGUGGGGCGAAUCUCGCCUAGGCACAGGGCGCCAAACCUACCCUCUGUCGCCUCACCUUGCCUCUCGCCAUUUAAAACACAGGCAAAAAACUACUUGUGCAUCACGAUGGGCUGUAUCCAGGAAUUCGACGAAAUCUUACCGUCAUGAGGGAGUCUUGAGAAGGUCUGGUCGGCAAUGUCGUAGAGAAAAAGCUGAUUCCAAUCAAUGAAGUAGAUGGAGUUGGGCUUAAGUCCGGGAUACAUGCUUGCAAUGUUUUCUUGGACAUAAGUGUCCUCCCUUGUGGUUGGAUCAUGCAUGUACAACAUAAACCACCUUCUCCCGGUUUUCACCUCCAGACGAUCCAAUUCCAAGCCUCGCGUCUCCCAAUGGAAGACGGGUUUCCCCUUAUAGGUUCGCAAAGCAUAAUAGACAAUGAUGAAUACAUCGCCAGAGGGUGACUCCACCAAGUAUUUGGUCCGAGUGCACCUUCUCAGAAGCUCGAAUUCAUACUCUCCCAUCUCUGGAUGCUUUAAGGGUCUGCGUUGACGGAAAUAAGCUAGGAAGGGGAAGCUAGGUUCGGCCAUACUCCUACCGUCCUUGCGGAAGAAUGCAUCAGUGGGAGGCGUGAGAUAAAAGGUGGAAUCUUUAUUGGAGUAGAAAACGAAUGAUUCCUUGGAUCGGGUGGAAAUAGACAGCUCGUGGCGCCAUCGGGAGUCACCGGUUGUAAAGCAGGAGACCAUGUCUGCCUAGAACUUGACGGCCACGAUACAUGUUGGUGAGAUGUACGGUUAGAUCAUCGUUGUUCAUUCUGAUCAUCCAGCCACGAGAAGAUUCGAUGUUGCGUGAACGGUAGAUGCUUUCAGGGAUCCUCUGGUCUGCUAUCGUCACUCGUUUCUGAUUCACUGGGUCGUACAAGUUGAUAUUGGCUAUUUUGUCUCCUCUGGUAGCGCGGGGACGGGCGGGAGCGUCUCUGAUACCAUCAAGUGGGAGUAGCAUAUAUGGAGAUGGUGACAAAGAUGAUGACGUCGUUUCCGUCAUCAACAAGCGAACUCCUCUUCGUAUCUGACAUCGACACAUCACAAAUUCAUCAGUACACAAAAAAAAAAAA